AUGGGAGGAGUUCCAAACACGAGCGGUCUCAUUGCCAAGGGCAUUCUUUGGUUUCUGCUAUUUUUCCUGGGAUAUAUGGAAGUAAAAGCAACGGAAUACAUUGCUCCAAGUUUAGAAUGCAGGAUGAGCUUUAACCUUACUGAGCUGGAGAACAAAAAAGUCUACGAAUAUCACAGCUACACGAACAGCUCUAAGCCAGGGACCAUUUUGGCCCUCCUCAGCAAGCGCGCCAACAGCUCGUCGAAAGAAGAGAUUGCAUCUAUGUACAAUAUCUCUACGGGAUGCUUGGCAUACUUGGAAUUCACACUGCCCGAGGUCGCUCUGUUUCUGCUAAAUACAUCUCAGUUUAAAGAUAUCACAUUCGAGGAUGUUGUCCAAGGUGUGUUUGUCUUUGAGGUGGAGACUGUUUUACGAAGAAUUUUUACCUGGCAAAAAGCCUUCAACACUUUCGGAGUCAAGGGGAAUGAAACGCUGGAAGAACUAGCCUCGAUACGGGAAGUGAGCUUGGAUACAACACCCAUUCUGAAGCUGUUCUUGCUUUUCGUAAAUAACGACAACGUUUUGCAAAUCAGUCUGUCAGCUUUUGAAUUUCUCAACCGGACCGCGGAAGAACUCGGGACCAUCCUGGCUGUGCCUGAUGCAGAUGAAGUGAAACACUACUCCUUUCUUCGCUUGAUAAAGAUUGCGGUGCUCGGUCAAGAUUAUGUCAGUGGGCUUCAAAUGAGAAUCCAUAUGGUGGGGCACUCGUUGGAUGUUUGGGUGAGCAAAAUUAAGGAUGACCUGGAUAAUAUGACAACUGUAUUGGAUCUGGUCCGUUCCAAAAUUCCAAUGAACUUACAUUACCUAACUGCAUUUCUGAUAGACGUGACCCCGAGAGACUUGGAUCUCUUAAAACUAACCUUACAAGAGUUUGCAGAAUUGUUGAAUAAGACAGUUAUGAAGUUUUACGAUUACAAAUUGUAUCCACAACUUGUAACGUUCAUCGUGAAGACGAGGAAAAACGUUUUUGAACUUAAUAGAGAGGCGAUGGAGGAGGCUAAACGUGAGGUACGAAAAAUAAUGAUGUCGUACAAUGUCACCGCUGAAGUCCUGAUUGAGUUUUUCAAUUUGACUGAGAUCAUCUUUCAUGACCUGAGUCCCCUCAGAAUUGAGGUCCUCUGCGCAAGAUACACCUUAGUACGUUAUGCAAACAAUUUAAAUAUGACCCUGGGUGAAGUCGCUGACAAACUCAACAAAACCGAAGCUGAAUUGUCCUAUAAUCUAACCGUUCAAGAAUUUCACGUGGUGAUUCGCAAACUGCUGAUAAUUCGCACGUUUGAAGCCAUGAGUCAGAUGUUGGGCGUAAGCCAGCACUUUUUGGUGAAUUCUCUUGACAUUCAAGUCCCGAUUUCGUAUCUGUCCAUGUGCCAACUUGAUUCCUUCCUUACUAAGACUAGACAAUCUGUGCUGGACUUAAAUGAAGUACUAAGCAACAAGACCUUGGCGUUUGUGUGCCAGAUCAAUGCCGUGCACGUUACCACCGUCUACAAAUUCACAAUUGAGCGAUUUAUCAUCGAAAUUCUGCACCUCGAUAUUCGCUACUUUUUUGCUCUCAAUGGCUUAACCUAUUCGUCAGACAACUUGGAAAUAGUCCGAAAAUAUCAUUUCUUUGAAUUGGAGCACUUGUUUCAGUUACGCGGCGAUGAUCCCAUGUACAGCUUUGUUAUAUUCCGUCACUCUCUGGUUUGGAUCAUCAAGCAUAUCAUCUAUCUUAAGAAGACAGGUAACAUUUAAUCUAAAAUAAUUCUAGAUAGUAACAAGUUUGCCUUCAGUUAUCAACAAAAUAGUCCAAUUGAAAUUUCUCCUUCGUUGAUACUUUUGUAAUUCUUCUUGCCAUAUUUAUACAUGGCAUCACAGACAAGUUAUAUGGAUGAAAAAAGAAAACAACAGUUAGGCAGAUUUUUUGGAUAAAAAAAAAAACAAAUUUUUAACUGAUCCCGAAAGAGCUGUAUGGAAAUUGAUGAGGAAAAUUAGUUCAGAGACCUUGGGUACUAAAGGUUUCAAUACAAACAGAGAUGCGGACAUGUCGAUGCAAACAAUUCCUCUAAAAUGGAGAUCUCUUUGAAUAAUUAUUUAAUUUGCUUUACCCUUUGUAAUGCAAGAUUAAUAUACCACUACACACUGCCGAGUAUUAGCCUACCAUGCUCCCCGCGUCCCACAAUAAGGUAUACAGUUUGGAUUGUAGAUAGAAACACCAACCAUGGUUAGAAUUUUAGUUAUUUUUUAUUUUACUUGUGCUGGGAGGAGACUUCCUUUUCUUCAUUCUAAGUUCUACGUCAACAACAAAGGGUUUUUGGCUUAUCUUUUUUUGUAAACACCACACGUCUAGUUUCUUUCGCUAUAAAUUAAGCACGUUUUGUCUAAUUCCUGUUUCACUUGUUUGCUUUUCAAAUAGACAUAAACGAGUGCCGCCAAAACUCAGACCGUUGUCCUUCCCAUUCGCUGUGCGUUAACCUUCCUGGAACAUACGAGUGCCACUGUCCCAAAAAUGGAUAUCGUGGAAGAUACUGUGCUGGUAAGCUAUAUUCAACAAUUAUUUACCAAAAUGGAGGUGAAUAGUGGUGGAUAUUUACCAAGCUGCGAAACCGCGCGGUAAAUAUCCACCACUUUCACCGACACUGAGGUGGAUAAUUGUCUUAGUAUAUACCACACAGAUACCAAAAUAAGAUAUAGAUUUAGCCAAGCCUAAAAAUGGAGCGCGCAUUUUUUCCCGCACGUCUCAAGGGCACAACUAGAACCCGGGUCGUCCGACUCGGAGCCCAGUGCACUGACCACUGGACAACUGAACAAAGCCGAGGCGUUGGCGUGCCCGCGGUACAGUUGACCAUGCAUGUCAAAAGUAGCACCUUGUACGGUCGCACGGUCGUACAUCCAAAUUUUUUCGGCUUGAUGGGUUACUACUAUUUUGUAUAAUUAUGGGGCUACGCUCUGCGAGCUCCGCUAUAAGUUUAUUUCUUUUAAUAUAAUGAGAUAUGGUCGGAAAUUUAAUCUUGACUCGCGAUUUUGUCUCAUCGGCUGCUUGGAGGUGAAUAGCAAUUACUAUCCACUUCCGAGCCAGCCAAUCAGCGCGCGCGAAGAGCACUUUUCGCUUGUGUGGUAUAUACCAAAUGUUGGUAUCUAACGUCGGGCUCGGUUUGGGGUAUGAGAGGGAGAGGGGUGCAACGGAAAUUGAAGGGGAGGGGGUGGUAAUAAGAUUAUCUUUCAAUAAAUGACAUGUCAAAGCAUUGUUAUGUAAUAUUUUUUACCACGAAAGGAUAAGAAACUGCAGAUUAUGGGUUAAUCUCGUUCCUUGUGUCAGCUAAUCCAACCAGUCUAAAUUGAAACGUCCAUUGCUAUACUUCCGUUUAGAGCAACCAGAGCAAAUUUGUUCCCUAAUAAAAAUGCCCUUGGUGAUGUUAACAAAUCCAAACUAUUUACUUUUCAGACAUAGACGAAUGCAAAGAGGGUUGUUUCACUUGCCCAGACAAUGCCGAAUGCAAAAACCUUCUUGGUUCAUAUGAAUGCCGGUGCGCAAAAGGAUUUCGCCACAAUGCCGACAAUAACACUUGUGACGGUAUGAUAGUUCUCAUGUGUUCUCUUCCGUAGUUGUAUCAUUUUGAUAUAGAGCGACCAUUUAGCCGAAAGAGCUGAAAGGGGUAAGGGGGGAGGAGUGGGGAGGAGCGGAGGAGCGUCAUUAUGACCUAUUGGAUGAAGUACGAGGAAUACACAUGCCCUGUAAGUCUGGCUACGUCUGUGACAUUCGAAACAUAAUCCUUCGCAGGUUUUAACAUUAUAUCUUCAAGGAGGUAAGUCUCUCUUUUAUUUCAAUUAGAAUUAUCAUUGUUGCUCUGCAAAAAUGAUUAGUUUUACCAGUCAUACCACUCGGUUAUCGAAACAGCAAUAAAAUGCAUACAGAGAAUUUAAAAAAAUAAAUAAUAGAAAUUUAAAAAAAAUAAAGUUAACGUCCCUCUGACUAUAAUAAAAUGCGAGUAGAAAUUAUGUUGAAUUUCCACAGAUUUUGACGAGUGUGAGAAGUUUUAUGACAACAGUUGCCUCUACAAUGCAGAAUGCAUAAAUACCCCAGGAUCUUACUACUGUAGAUGUCCAGAUGGAUACAAAUAUGACGAUCGUAAAAAAAGAUGCAAAGGUAAGUUGCGAUCAGUGGCUAAUAAUCUCCUCAGUAAGAUUAACUAGUGACAAAAUUGUUUUGGGGGGUUGGGGUGGUAAGGGUAUGCGCACCGGCACACGCAGUGUUGGCCUCACUCGGUUUUGAAUAUUCACACUAGGCGUGUGCGUUGAGUUUGUCACUGGUGUACUUCUGCUGGAUGUUUAUUCUGUAUGUUCAUAUAUUACAUCCAGAGGGAAAUAUUCAACGUUGAUACAUAGGCUUGUGGGCUCCUAAAUGUCUACGCAAAACAUACAGUUUUCUGUAUUUUUAACUAGGACUGUUAAUAGUUUCAGUUCAAAUUUUCUCACCGGAAAAAUGGAGAAAACAGAAUAAAAAGAAUUUUAUGGAUACGGAGAAAAUUGGCAAAGAAUUCAGUAGACUAGCUGCAUGUAAGAUGAAAUGAAGUGUCUUUGAAUCUGCAACAUUCAGCUUAGAUACAUCAUGAUGAGAAUCCAUGAUUUUUGUAUGGAAAUAAGCUCCAUUAAAUGGAGACACAAAGCUUUGAAUCUGUGUGAUAAUUCCAGAAAAUUUAUUUUUCUUCUUCCAGACAUUAACGAAUGUGAAGAGGAUCGCCAUGUUUGCCAUAGGAUUGAUAAAAACGCAGAGUGCGAGAACAAAUUUCCAGGAUUUGAGUGCAACUGUCGACCAGGUUUUGAGGCUGUUUACAACAAUAGUGUGGAUCCGAAAGUUCUGUUUAAUUGUACAGGUGAGUCCUUUGCUUGAUCUCUAAAGUAAAACCCCCAUUUGAACGUCUAACAAUAGCAUCACUCACAAUGGAGUUUUUUUCUGCAGCUCAGUUGUAGGGCAUCCAAACACAGAGUUCGAGUGCGGAAGUUUGAACUUCGAUUUCUCGUGGAGACUUGCUGAGACACUUCCUCGUUCUACGCUCGAGACAACUCAAAAACAUAUUUCUUUACAUCUUUACCUCAAUCAAAAUUUAACAUCUUUCAUAUUCUAUCUAUAAACAUGACGUCUCACCUUUGCUGAUUCUAGUAAUAUGCAGGACCCAAGUCACAUAUGGCUAAACAAAGCGUUACCUGUAACUCAUCAUUGAAUCGUGAAAUCCUAAGAUCAGGGUCCAGCUUGAUAAAGGCCGGAUAACUCGAUCCGAGGGAUAAAUCGCUAUUGAACGGAUGAUUUCUAACGUAACGUACUGUGCUAUCCCCGGAUAGAGAUUUAUCCAGUAGAUAGCGUUAUCCACGCUCCCGAAUACUGGGGCCCGAAGUUCAACUCCUCAUGGAGACUCUUCGGGCUCAGUGCAACUAAAGAGCAGCAUUGAUAUACGGACGAUCUGAGCAAUGAACUCCUUCCAGAGAUUUUAAGUCCCACAAAAGAUUAAAAUAUAUUUACUUUAUCUCCUUGUUGCAGUAAAACUUUUUGUUGUUUUAUCCCGUUGCAGAUAUCGACGAAUGUGCCAGAGGUAAUGCGAUAUGCCCUUUGAACUCUGAGUGUAUCAACACCAUUGGUGGAGCUAACUGCCGUUGUUUUCCUGGUUUCGAGAAGAGAAAUGGCAGAUGCAGAGGUACAAAUUAUUAAUUCCACUGUUUAAAUGCUAGUUAUUUGGUGAAAUAUAUGUGGGGAGAAUACAAAAAGUUGCAACAGCUCUCAAAGAUAAGCGAGAGGUAAACCCUUUAUACGGCGGUGACUCAUACUGAAAGCUGCCCUAGUUUAUCCUAUCCCGGUCAUCGAAACAAGAAGCGGAGAAUAAUGUAUUUGAAAUUGUUAUUUACCUUACGCAACAACUUCUUUUGGUUUCCUUCAAAGCUAAGCGAUUCAUCAUCGUUAUAUUGAUAUGGGUUCAGCCGAUCAGAUAUCGUCGUGUUCCAACCCAUAUCGAGGUGGCCAGCGGAUUCCCUUUCUUUGGUGAACUGUACAAGAACAUUUAUGUGAGUAUGGGUGUAAUAUUUAGUUAUGUAAAAUGAUAUCACCCUAAUCUAUUUAUUAUUUCUUUGAUUAGUCAGUGAAAACUGUAGUGUUAUAGACAUUAUUUAGUUUGCCAUGUUUCAGAACUAUUGAAGAGUCUCGACUCAAGCUUAAGGCUAAUUAGUAAAUAAACCCCUUCUGCCGGCUGGUAUGUCGGCUGUUAUUGUCUGCGGCUUAGAUGUUGUCCGAAAAAAAAUAUUUGGCCAGGAAACGAAGCUUCGAGGGAAAAUAUGAAAUUUUUAGGACAAUCUCUCAGUCAAAGGAGUUUCUUUAUUUCAUAACCUUUCAAGUAAUUUUCAUAUCGUGAGUUGACAGCAAAUUUGCUGACUUUCUUUUGCUUCCGUAGCAGCAUUUGAGAUCAGCUUUAUAAAUUCAACUAUCACUGGACUCUACAAAACGAGUUCAAAGUGAAACUCUGGCGCUGGCUUUGUUUCUUUUCAAUGAAAAUGGUCGAAGGAUAAGCAUCAACGUAAACGGGGGUUAUAUAUUACGUGAUAAUUGUUGGGCGAUUUUGUACCACGUGACGUAAAGUAGCCGAUAGCAACGCGCGAAAGUUCGUGGGUGGAUUAUAAAGGGCGUUAUCAUUCCACCUCAAAAGUGAAUAAAAGUAAAGCCGGCCCGUGAGUUUAAUGGUGCAUACCACAGGAGCUGAUACUUGUUUCUGCAGCAUGUUGUUUCUAGAAGUAAUGCUACUCCUCCUGGUUGUGAUACAAGUCCAUCGCAUUUUAUAUUCAUCACACAAAUUUUAUUUAUUUAUGCUCCUGAGGGAGACGCCACCGAGAGAUUUAUAUUAUCUAACAAUGCCUCUCUCGAAAAAGUUUUCUCAAUUAAGCAAUAGAAAGACUCAAUCAGAGCGCACACAUUGACCUCUCGACCCAGUGGCUUUUAGAAACUACAAACUACCGAACAAAGAAUUUAAUUUAAGUUAUACCCACUGAAUAUAAUCAUUUUUUCCUCGUGUAUAAGCUUUCGCUCAGAUGCCUUUGAACAAUAAGCUUCUGGACGGGGCCUAUCGCGUGAUACCUAUCUUAUGCAUAAGUCUUUUUUAUCCAACGAGGCGUAGGUCACAUUUAAAUUAAUAAAUGCUCGUAAUAUUCUGAUACCAAAACUUAAACGUUACCAGCACCUACCGCUUUUCCUCAAUUUUUGAAGCAAAUCUGUUCCACUCUUUUAAGGAACACGUAUUUUAUGUGUACAACUUCGAAAUAUUUUUUUAAAAUGAGACGAUGUGAGCCGAUAAUUUUUAUCGUAAAUUUUGUUUUGAGCAGAUUUACCAUAAUGGCUUAAUUUCUAUUGGCAAGCGCUAUUACCGUUCUGAACCGAAGAGGCUGACCAGCCUGAAAAAGAAUGUCAUUGCUGUAUUUUGGGCCAAUACAGAUAUAGUUACCUUAACUACAAGUAUCACUUACCAAGUUGUGGACCGCAGCACAUCGGAAUUCAGAGAGGUAAUGUCUUGUAGGUAAACGAGAAGCUAAAGCUGUAGGUAUGUUACAUACGUUUACAUUGAGAUGUCUUACUAUAUCACAAACGCCACCUAACAAACAAGCAAAAUUAUUAGGAUCUGAAAAAAAAUGUUUUGUUGCUGGAUGUUGCCUAGUUAAGGCCUUGAUUCAGAGUGAAAAAUCCUUCUGGCGUUACGUCGAUUGAUGCAAAGGGCUGACACUCCAAAGCGGAUUGGCUUAACUUCCAACCAUUACUGUCUCUAUAAACCAAUAGUAUUGUGCAUAGUUAAGUGGGACCCUAAGGAUGCACGCGAACUUGUCUUUCUGGUCUAAAAAAAUCAGUUGCAAACAGUUAAUAAGACAUCCUGGUAUGUUCCUAAAUUCCUUGAAAACGCGAGUGUAGAACAACGCUUUCCGCUCUCCCCUAUUAAAAGAUCUUCUCUAUUCCCCUGCAGAAUUUUAAUAAUGAAUUUUAACUUUUUAUUGUUGGGAAUUUUGCAGCAACUGGACAAUACCUCAGCUCUGCUGAAAAACUGCUCAGGGCUUACCGAGUUCAACGCAACAUGGAUGUUGGUGGUAACCUGGGAGAGAGUUUCACCUUUUGCACGGUUUAGAAUUUUUUCGUUUCUCUUCAAUCCAUACACCGAUGAGGUAAUUAUCAUGAUAGCUGUUUUGUUUUAAAAUAGAAAAGUUUCAAUUUGUGUGCAGGAAAUAAUCCAGCUUAGCCGUGUUGUUCAAAACACAAUUAUCCGAACCCUAUAUAGUGUUAUACAGCUUUGCAAAGGGAUUUUUCUUUUGACACGAUCAUGAUCUUGAGAUAAAACGUACCAAAACCCUAACUGUUAUUCGUGCUCUUCUGUAUGAAGAAUGUAUUUAAAGUCUUUCAUUUUGCAGAGUUUAAAAGGACCUCAGUUUCCGUACACCAAUCCAGGCGGAAAAUAAUUCCAAUUGUAAUUAAGUUUUUUUCUACACCAUAUUUUUGAAGUUAAAACAUUGUUACUCGUGAUCGCGUGCAUUUACGAUACUUUAAACAUUCUUCUUCAGGAAAGCUCUUAUCAGGCUGUUCUCAUCACCAAUGGAACCUCCUCGUACGUUAUCUACAGUUACGAAGACGGUGGAAUGAACUGGGAUCGAAGGCUACGACGAAAGUGCGCUGUUGGUUACGCAACGAAGGACAAAAAGUACAGCUUUGAGGACGAAGACUCCUUUGGUGAAAAUAUCUUCCAGAUCGAUUCUAAAGAAUUCGAUGUCGACGGAAUUAAAACUCGUGGGACAUUCUGCAAAUCUUUAAAUGCCCCAGAUGAGCCUAUAGAGUUAACAAACGAACAGAAGUGUAUGAACUGGUACAAUGAAGAGCCUGACCCCGAAGACUGGCUUGAAGAACUGACCGACUGUCCUGCAACUUUUAGAUCUGCGCGCCAGGACAACCGUUACAGGAGAAUGAGCUCAUCUGCUGGUAGUCGUGGUGCAAGAAUUGACUGUUACGAGCUUAGAUUUCCCACAAGUGUGUUCGGUGCGAGUCACCAGUGCUGUUAUCUCGCUCGUGGAGAAAGAGGAAGAAGAAGUGGAAGAGGUGCGUUUGUUUCAAAGCCGCCUCAAGCUGGAAGAGCUUACAGGUUUGUAAAUUAGAUGACUGAAUUUAAAACAGAAAGGCAUGAUAAAAAUGGACCCAGUUUAGUCAGGACAAAUCAGAGAGAUUUUUCCGUUGAUCAGUGAAAUUCCAGAGGAAGUUAUUUUUUUAUUUUGGCUAUUACUGUCUCACCAGGCAAACGUGGCCUGGUCUAAGAGUUAAAGAGUGAGAGUAGCAGAAACCUGUAUCCUGCGUCCUUGUUCCACAUCUUAAAAUCUUCAUCCUAUAUUGCAAGAUUUCUGAUCUCGCAUCCCUGCAUCUCCUUGCACCCGCGACUUGUCGCAUCCGGUUCCCUCACUCCUAACCACCAGCUAGGGACCAGUCCCUAUGGCAGGGGGGGGGGGGGGUUGUAGGAUUUUAGGGGGGAAACGGAGGGGGAUCAUUUCUCUUUGAGGGAAAUUAUAGAAAUUUGACUGAUGAGGGAAGAUCGUUAGAAUACUACAGAGCCCAGGGUGGGAGGGGUGGGGGAAGGGGGUGGAAGUAUCAGAUUUAUGUUCUUGUGACACAGCUACAAUCCUCCAGUCCCCUUAGGCCAUAAUAACGACUUGUUUUCAAAAGACACAGUGUAAGGCAUGUUUUGUUUUCAUUUUUUAAUUUCUCAGAUAUCAUUUUCGCAAUCGAGCCAUGAGGCAGAAAGGUGACAUCGAACCGUUUGAGGUUUGCUGCGGCGAAGGAGAGUCACUAUGCAAUUUGUUUUACGAGAAGCGACCGCUGACUACCGCUGCUAGUGCCCCCGAAUUUCCGCAGCCGUGCUCGUGCAGUCGAUUGGCGGGCGGCUGUCGUCGGAGACCAUGCCGACCACGCCGUCCCCGAAUUCCUUGGCUACGAAUUACUAUCGGUAGGGAUGUUUUGAGCAUAAAUGAAUCACAAAUGACUGUUCAGAAUUUUCAUCUAAGCUAUGCACACUAAACCAUAUUCAAGGGAAAUUCAGGUUGCACAAAGGCUGUUAUAGUUCAAUUCGAUUAAACCAAAGCAGAGGAAAAUUUGGAAGAUAAAAUAACAUGAGAAAACAUGAGAUAUGUUGGACACUUUUUAAUCAUUUACAAUUUUAACGUUUAGAUAUUUGGUGCAAGUCUUGCAGUCUUGAGUUUGUUAAAUUGUUUAACUUGUUUCCUCUAAGUUUUGCAUGCAUCAUGCAUCAAGGGAUUCAGGAAAAAAUGACAGAAAGAUGUUUUUCAUCUUGUCUUAGUGAAAAUGUGUCAGAGCUCCAUAAUUGGACUCACCUAAUUUUGACCAGCGUAACAAUUCUUUUAAAUUCUUUAUUCCAGUUAGCUUCUGGGGAGACCCGCACUUGCUUACGCUUGACGGCUUUCAGUACACCUUCAACGGCCUCGGAGAUUAUGUAUUGGUUCGGACGCGGGAUCGUUCGCUUCACCUUCACGCCAGGACAAAAAGGCCAACAACGACCGAGGGAGGACUGAGUAACGCAACUGUCAUAUCGGCUCUCGCUUUCAAAACCAGAGACAGUGACAAAGGGCAGAUUGUGUUUGACGACUCUGUCCCUGGCAACCUCAGCUUUACCAUCACAGGAAUGGACGGUUCCUGUGAGAAUUUCACCAUUUCUGAUUUUGACGAGGGUAAAGAUUUCACAGGAAUGUCGAUCGAGAGAAGUACCAUCAACAACAAAACUGCCAUCAUAUCGUUCCCGUCAGGCCUUUCGAUCGAGGUGUCCCCAGGCUUAGAACUUCUUCAACUGAGUGUCAAGGCGCCUAGCGAUAUGAUGAACAAAACCGAGGGACUGCUGGGAAAUUUCAAUGGCGACAAGACAGAUGAACUGAUAUAUCCCAAUGGUACUAUGAUACCGAGUAAUUCUACAGAGCAAGAGAUAUUUUCUUUGGGACAACAAUGUAAGUCUAACGUUUACAUGAACGGCGUAGGGAAAACAUUUCUGUUAUUCACACCAUGAAAAUCAUGGUUUGUUUGUUUGUUUGUUUUUUCUUACAUAGUAAAAUUAAAUGUGAGCCAUAAAUGUUUACACCUUCUGUGAUCACAAAGAGAACUGGGCAACAAGGAUCACCAAGAAAAUGUUGUGAAAUUAAAUUGAAAGGGAAGUCUUCGGUGAGCGUUACGAGUUCAAAGAUAUAAAGUGAAACUGGUCGAUAUUAAGGGUUGACGAUAAAAAACGAGAACAAGUUUUUUUUUCUACCUUUUUCAUCUUCGUUCCGUUUUAUCUCAAAAUGAUCAUUUUUUUCACCCUCACGUCUAUGAAAAUGCCAAGUAUUAAUAGAUUAAAUAACGAACUAGAACUAAUUACAGCACAAAAAUAGACUUAACAGUUAAUUGCAUGUACAAUUAUCAAUACUCAAUAAACGAGCAACUCUAGAAAUUGUUCACUCUUAUAAAGCAAAAAUUACAAAUGUUAUGGAAGGAGGGUCUCAAUGGGGCCAUAAAAAUGAACUUAUAUUAAACGUUAGCCGAAAAAUGCCCAAAACUUUAACCGUUAGUCGUAAAAGCCACUACCUCACUGAGACCCUCAAAGAAUCCAAACACAAUUUUUGUCAAGCUGAGAAUACCCUCUGAUCAUGAUUAAUGCUUACUCAUUAUUUUUUGUUUCUCCGUCUUGUUGCCAUCAGGGGUUGUUCCACAUGACGAAAGAUUAUUUGUAUCCUCCAACUGUACACUGCAGAAUGUGUCGUUUGACGACAUGUUUGUUCCUGCCUUCUUGAACCUGUCUGCUGUUACGAAUGAGAUCAGAGCGAUCUGUGGGGACAACAGAGAAUGCAUCUUUGAUGUGAUGCAAACUGGUAACAAAGAGCUUGGACAGGAGACCAAAGGAUUUGAAGAAGAAGCCGAGGCUGCCAAAGCAGAAUUAGGUAAUAAGAAAACAAGAAAAAAAAAAGGAAAUGUCAUUAUUUUAAUAAUGUAUAAUUUCUUAUCCUCAAGCUUAUAAAGACUGGGAGUAAUUCAUUGAAACUUGAAUGCAUUCCAGCUUUAUUUUUCAAUACUGUGGAUAGGGAAAUAAGGCGGAUCUAAGGGAUUAGAACGGAUAGGAGAAAUUGUUUCAAAAACGCAAGUCACUCUUUGCCUCACCUACGAUGAAAAUUUACUUUUGCAGGGGUGUCCCCUUACAACAUUCGGGAAGAAUUUUCUAUCUGAUCAAUAAGCUUUAAGCUUCGAAUGACAUGCUGUUAGUGGUGUCAAAAAGAAGGGAGGGAGGGAGGGAGGGACGGGGAAGUUUUGGUCUUCUUACCCCUUUCUUAGGCCAACCAAUGGGGCGAGAGCGGGUGGGGGGUUGGAUCUAUUUUCUUGGAAGGUUGCUAUGAUGGAGAAGAUCAAUAAUAAAGCAAAUGAAACACUUUUUUUUCUCUUCCAGAAAACACUCCUCCGAAUAUUACAGGACCAGUUGAAAUCAGCGUAACUGUGAAUCAGAUGACGAAAUUUAACCUAAGCGUGUUCGAUACUGACAACGAUGACGUCACGCUGGAGGCUGAAGAAUUACCUGAGGGGGCAUCUUUCACUUUUAACGCUUCAGAAAAUGUCGGCCAUUUCGUUUGGACGCCUGUCAAUGCGUCUAACAUCACGUUAGAAUUUGUUGCCACGGACUCCAAAAAUGACACAUCUGUUCAUCCCGUUGUAAUCAACAUGUGUAGGUGUGAGAACAAUGGAACUUGCGACUUCACGGAGUUUGUUGGAGAUGACAAUGGCGCCUUUCGCAUUGUGGGAUGUAACUGCAGUGAUGAAUUCGAGGGUGACUUCUGUGAGAUGGAGGUACUUGACGCAUGUGCAGAUGAUCCCUGCGCCGAUAACGUGACAUGCAAUACCACAAGGAACCCAUUCGGGUUUAAAUGUGGGCCCUGUCCUCCAGGUUUAACCGGCGAUGGUGAAAACUGCUUCGGUAAGAGGUGUUUUUUUUUUCUUGUUUUUGCCAUCAGGUUAAACUGAGAAAGGACUUUGAUGUAUCGUAAAUGGGUUAGGGUUCGUAAAAUUUACGUCAGCAAAAAUUCCGUAGAGAAGGCUCAUUUGAAUUAAAUUAAGAUCAAAAAGUUGUUCAAAUAUCAUCUUAAUUGCACCUAGUCAGGUUCAACUCGUAACUGUCCACCAUCCACCCCUAACAAUACAAUGGCUUGUCCAAAAACUCUCCUUUGCUGAAUGCAAUAAAAUGAAUUUACCACACAUCCUUAGAGAGCUUUCUUUUUUUACUCAUUUGUUAUAGUUUUGAUCAGUUUGCUUUUUUCUUUGUUUAUUUUUAGAAUUUGACGAGUGUGCAAAUGAAAGUCUAAGCCAGUGCAACCAGACCUGUGUGAAUACGUUUGGCAGUUUUAGAUGUGAAUGCAAACAGGGUUAUACAUCACGUGAGGAAGGAAGAAUCUGCGAAGGUAUUUUCAAUUUCAAUUAAAAGUUCAAUUCAAAGAAACACUAUUAAACCUAUGCAAGAUGGCUUCUGGCACAUAUCGCUGCAACAGGUUAAGUCCUUUUUCAAUCGAGAACUCGGUAAUCAUUUCACUUUUCUCGCAGUGGUCUCGAAUUUGAGCAAUGCGGUCUCUAUAAAGUAUGAAAAAUUUCCAAGACAUUUGAGAUUAUUGCUGAAAAAAUUUCAUUGCUUAAAAUCACUUGGAUCCAUGAGUACGAUUGUGGCCCUUUUCAAAACGUUUUUUUCGAUAUGCUUGAAACCUAACUUGUUUCUGAAAUUGGGAAAGUUUUUUACACCACCACUGGCACUGCUACUUUCCUCAUCGAAAUUCGCAUCUACAAUUCCGUAAAUGAAGUGCUAAAUUAAAUGGAGUAACUGUGAUUGUAUUCUUUAGAUAUAGACGAAUGCCAAGAUGCAGGCAACCUUAACAACUGUUCGGAGAAUGCAUUAUGCACCAACUUACCAGGUGCAUAUAACUGUACGUGUCACCCUGGCUUUGAAGGUGAUCCAAUGAAAAACUGUACAGGUACGGUGAAUUGCAGUGGUGGUUAACUUAUAAAUGAGUAACACUUAAACAUCUGAGUGUUGCCUUUUUCUGAUAAGAACUAAAGAACGACCAGGUUAACAAUGAAGGAAAAAGACCAGAAAGGAAAAAAGAAAAUAAAAAGGAAUACGAAGAAAAAGAAAACUGGAAGGAUUAAGAACAAUGAGCAUGUGCGGAGGGACGACGGAUGAGAAGAAGAAUCUUUAUCGAUAAUAAAGAAGAGAAGAAGGAAAGAAGCCAGAGAGCGAAACAAGAGUAAAAACAAGAAAGAAAACACGUAGAGAACGACUAGAUAUCCUAGAGAGGUUAAGAAUAUUCUAACCGACGACGGAUUUUGGCAUUUAACGACUAAGAGAGUAAUAAUGUUUGUGAAUGCAUGAAUGAAUGAAUGAAUGAAUGAAUGACGAUUAAUAAUAACGAUGUGAAAGUAAGUUGUAAUUGCACUCCUCUCUCCAAAGGAACACAUAUCGGUUGAUUCUCAACACAUAGUUUUAGAACAACUCAUCAAUUAAAAUUGAAAUAGAAUGAAUAUUUAAAAUGCAUACAAUAAUUACUGUUAUGAUAAUAAAAAAUAUAUUAAUGCGAAUCCCUUCUCCUGCAGAUAUUGAUGAGUGUACUAACGGUGUGGCACAGUGCUCUCACAUAUGUCAUAACAAGCCAGGAUCCUUUGAAUGUUCCUGUCUAGAUGGAUUCAAACUUGCCGCUGAUAACCAAACCUGUGAUGGUAUGUAUCUCAACGAAUACGAACAUCUCAGUUAGAGUCAAUACUGAAAAGAAUUGCGAUUGAUUGCUCGCAGGUCCGUCAUGCACUUUAAGGGACGCUGGGCCCAAUGGUUUGCGCGCCGGAUUUCAGAGAGAGAAGUCUGGGUUUGACCCGUGGACGGGUCAUUGUCUUGCGUUUUUCUGUUUUGUUCACCUUGUUUUCAGUGGGUACUGGGAAACUUCAACAAGAGACCUUAAAAAAUGCUGGUGGGUGGGCGCGAGGGUGGGGUAGGCGCAAACCGUAGUUUUUCGGUGAAAGAAUGUUUUUAAUUCCACACAGUUUUCCUAACUUUGUUUGAUCCUUGAAAAUGUAUUGACCGAAAGUAAUUUUCUUCUUUUUAGAUAUAAACGAAUGCGAGGGCAGCCAUAAUUGUGAACACAUGUGCGACAAUCGCAUUGGAUCCUACAUCUGCAAAUGCCCGCCUGGUUUUGAACUGAAUGCGGAUAACGUCACGUGCAAAGGUAGAGAGGUCUUUUGCGAUGUAGAAUUGCUUGUAAAAGAAGCUUAAAUGGUGUCCCUUUUUAUUCCAGGCAUUCAUGAAGUUGUCGGAUGCCCGCAUUACGAAAUUAAACUCGCACUCCUAUUUAGAAACACGUUUAUCGUGUUCUAUUUGACAAGCAAGCAAGAAAAUUUAUCAUCUCUUUUUUUUUAUUCCGCUGUGAACUAUCAAGAUCUAAAAGCAUCUUCUCCAAUCUUUCGCCUACAUUGUUUUUGUCAGAAGUUGAAUUAAUUCAAGUUCAGCUUUUUAAGCUGAUUUUACGUCCACGUAAUCCCUGCGUUCGGUGCUCUUAAGACAUGUUUCAAAAUUGUCCGUGAUUUUUAGAAAUAUGCAACCAAUAUAACAGUACAUCGCAUGCCCUCAUGUGGAUACGAAUUUAUUUUCUCAUAUUGAUGACGCCUCUCACUUGUUCGCUCACUCUUGAGAGAUACAUGUACUAUAUACACUCGAGGAUAAACUCGUAUCCACGCGCGCCCGUGUAAUAUGCUCUCCCUAAUUUUGUUUCAUUACAUUCACAGUGGCAGAGGCCAGCGCAUGUGACGCAACAAAUGGCGGCUGCUCCGAUACCUGCGUGAACAGAACAGGAGAGAUCACGUGUUUUUGCAAUGCUGGUUACAAUCUCACAGCUGAUGGAAAGACGUGUGAAGGUAACAGCAAAUUGAUUGCAAAGACGUAAAUCUGCGAUCGUAACGAUUACACGCCUCUAAGCAACUUAAGCGUAAAGAGGAAUUAACUAACGUUGUGUCGGUGUCCGUUGCUAGAUAUCAACGAGUGCAUGAUGGGAAACCAUGGCUGUAGCGUCAAGUGUCUCAAUACUAACGGUAGCUUUACAUGUGGAUGUUACCCGGGAUACGCCUUAGCCGGGGAUAUGAAAUCUUGCAGAGGUAAAAUAUAUUUUUCUUGGCUAUUUUAUGGCUGAACUCAUCCGUCUUUCUCUCCUAAGUUCCUUCUCCUUAAUAUCCCAGAACAAUCUUGACGAAUUUUUCAUAGGGUAUACUCUCAAAAUAUUAUGUGGGGAUGCAUAGUACUCGUUUUUAAGACCCUUACCCUACUACAAAAAUUUUUCGAUUGUCCAUCUUCUAUUCCAGACCUGAAACCUUCUACUUCAAACCACACUCUUGGAACGACACCUUCCCUAUUUCAAACCAGAUUGACAUGUAAAAUCCAUUAAAUCUGUUGUCUGUUUUGGAUGCUUCUUUCCAGUAGAUCACGUGCCUUAUGCCGACCCUGGUCCAAAAUAAUUUACUAAUAUGUAAUCUUUAUGAAAGAGAAUCCUCUCCUCGGGAAAUUUCGUCAGUUUUUCUUGUUAUUAUCAAUACAGACGUGAAUGAGUGUGAUACUCCCAGCCUUAACAACUGCGGCCAAGUCUGUGAGAACAGUAAUGGAUCUUUCACGUGUUCCUGUGAUGAUGGUUUCACCCUUGAAUCUGACAACAAGACCUGCUCAGGUAUAGAAUUAUUAUUCUGCGCCGUAGAAAAGUCAUCAUAAGAUAAGUGCGCAUGCGUAAUUUGCCUGUCGUGUAACAAGACACCGAGGCAAAGUAAGUGCGCAUGCUCUACGCACCUAAGGCGAUUCCAUCAUUUAGGGCAUUGCGUUAUUUCGUUGUCUCCACCAUACGAGUUUCUCGUCUUAGAUAAGACAUUAUUCCCCAAGUUGGAUUAUUUUUAGAGAAGGCGAAAACAUGAACCUUAAGUGCUUCGGUAAUGUAACAUCGUAGGUAUAACAUUCGCACACACGAACGAUUCACGCAGAACCUCGCUUCAAGUUACGUAAGUCACGCGGGUAAGGAGAGAGUCACCAUCCUCUUUGUAAUUUAAUUUUUUGUUUAAUGAUACCAAAAACUCUUACAUUUCAGAUGUUAACGAGUGUACCGCCAGCAGCACACCUUGCAAUGCUGGUGUCUGUACCAACCAGCCUGGCACAUUCCAAUGUGUGUGCCCGCCUCCGACAUUUUAUUCUGAUGGCGAAUGUAGAGGUGAGAGAAAACUCUUAUGAGUGACUUGUAAUGCCUUUGUAACUUAGUUUUCAUAAAAUGCGGAAAUAUUACGACUUAUAAUCACACAUUCAACUCUUCAUUAAAACUGUUUAGGCUCGAAAGCUGACCUUGGAAAUUGCUAGCAACUCGACUUGAACCACCAAAAGCCUUUUAUUCGCGCCUCAAUUUGUCAAAGAUGAGUGGGAAAAUGAUUUGAGUAAUACUUAUCGACAGGCAACAAACAAACUGAACAAAUAGUGCAUUUGGUAAAUAAAAACAAACAAAACGUCCUAUUCCGAUACUUACUACGCUACUCUGCGUAGAGAAGAUUUAGACUUUUCACACUGUUGGAAAACAUUUUCGAUUUCGUUUCUUUGUCAGAUGUGCGUGUAUUCGUUUUUGUUGUGACAUUGAUUCGAGUGAACACCAAGAGAGUUGUGUGGCAGGAAGACCUGGCAAAUCCUGAAACAGUCGCAUUUGGUCUACUGGCCAGGAGAGUCGAGCUACAGGUUAGAAAACGUGAUUUCUGUUCACCCUCCGCUCUGAACCCGCGGAGAUCAACUCCUAAAGGAUAGGUGAUCCUUAUUUCAGUUCCUGGGUGAUUUUACGUCUUCUAUUUGUCCCUACAAAGUCCUUCUCAGAGCCGUCAUGGUGUCAACAGAGUCCAGACCCCAGAUGUGAUUAGGCAACGUUGCGAUAGCAUAGUACAUAUCUGAGAGUUACCUUUUUAGGAUGAUAGCGAUUAAAGCUUUCUUCCCGGAGCCUUCUUUCUAACUCGAUUGCAUUAAAAUGAACAUCCAAAUGAAAACAAUAAUGGUAAUCUAUGCGUCCAAUCAUCAGCUUUUUCUAUUUCCCUCGCAGAUAGACGACUACUACAGGCGCAAAAGCAGGUUCACCAAAAAAUUUGUAAAAGCUAAAGUCAAAAGAUUCUGGUUAGUAUGGAUAGUCCCACUUCUAACUUACGACUGCCUUUCAGUGUGUCUAAAUUGCCUCACAAAAUACUAAGGCACACAAUGAUCUGACUUAUGUUAGGAAAGGAAGUGUUCUCGCCGAUGUUGACCUUACUUUUGCCGAUGAUGCGACGGAUAUUACACCAGACGCUCUGAAAAGUGACUUGCCCACGUCAGGGGAGAUGGGAAAUAUGAGCUACGAUCCAUCGAACGCUGCAGUCGGAGGUUGGUUCAGGGUUCUUACGUUUUAUCCUAUAAAAAUGACCUCGGAAAGCAUUUGUGGGACUCACAUACUGCCACGGGUAUAUUAUGUUAACUACGGUCAAACCGGGGAAUCAUGGAUCUGAAAACCGAGAACAUUUUAAUUAUAUACUGGAUACUACUUGCGUUUCUUUCAUGAUCAUUAUUAGGAUUUUCUUCUAAAAGAGCUUUAAGCGGUUGUUACUGAAAACUGUGUAAUAUUUGGCCGACCCAGAUCGCCAGCGAAAAACAAGUUCAAGACGAGGGGUGUUAUUGGCGAGAGACUGCUGACAAAAGAGUACUAUGCCUUUUCAGGCUCAGUUGGCACUGACUGAGAAGGAUAGACUAAAAGAAAGGUUUUGAUAUGUAGCUGUUUCCAAAAAUUAACUCGCUAGGUUUUCAGUGUCUUUUCGUUUUGGUAAUACAGUAACACGGCAAAAAAACUAGCGUUCGCCGUACGGAAAACGAAGAUUGAAUUCACGGAAAACGCGGCAUUUUACAAACGUUUGUUUCAUGUUUUGCGUACAUGUGUGACUGAUGUCGAUUGUGCAUUUGUUUCACUAUUCAAAAUGUCUUUUAAGCGUCGCCUCAUGUGAUAAAAAUAAGCUAUGUUACUUUUCUCCUUUUUAUAUCAGAUUUCAAUGAAUGUAAUGACAAAGCAACGCAUAAUUGCCAUAUCCAUGCCACAUGCAUCAACAAACCAGGCUCAUUUGAAUGCAGGUGUAAGGAGAAAUACAGCGGAGACGGAGUAAAGAAUUGUGGUGAGGUUGAAACCAAAUUUAAUGGAGAGCAAGACAGUUCGCUAUAAGUUAAACUCUAAUUCUUUAAUGGGACGAGGCUAUCACUCUUAUUUCCUUUGGUCGAUGUUACCACACUUAGUGAAAUCUGUUAAUCGUCGCUACUUAGCUCUGUAUGCCUACAACUUCAGUACGAGUACUGUGGAUUUCAUUGUUUUUUUGUUUUAAUUUUGAACCCGAUUGCAGUCAGCACAUUAAUGUCCUCGUAAAGUUUGAAAAAUUAAAUGAUAAACACCAAGCCACCUUAAAUUACUGCAAAAUAAAAAUGAAUAAAGCUCAACAACUUUCUAUUUUUUUUUAGAAUAUUCUCCGGAACCUGCAGAUGACCCAGGUGUGUUUUCAUGUUUGUGGCAAUUUUAGAAUGGUUUGUCCUAGCUGAUACAUUUUUCUUGCACAGUUAGGUGCACAGUUUUGUUGGUGACUGAUGGCUCAUAAACCAUUCGAACAAAAGUCAUCUAUAGAAUAAACAUUUAUAUCCGCACAGACUUUGCUAGUUUCAGUUGAUAUAAACCUUCAGUUCAAUGCAAACGAUAACACUGUGUAAAGCUCUUGCUCAUAGUUUUAAUGGAAACGCGAUAGGUUGGCCAAAUGAGGCUCCAACCCGAAAUAGACAUAAUUUGAACAUUCUGUGUUCUCAUGUUGGAUGCGUUACUCAUACAUAAAGUACGUUUCUCCAUCCUAGAAAACAAAUUAAGAGGGUGAACCGGGAAGGAAACUUGACGAGGGUGUAUACGCCGCAGAAAUCACGACAAGCUCGAUCUGUGAGAUGUAGUUUGCGAAUGACAUGUUUUACAUAUAAUCUCGUUGUGACUCUACAUUUAUAUUUCCACAGAUGACAACAAGAAUAAGAAACUUGGAAUCAUAUUUGGCGUUAUCUUCGGCGUUGUAGUCCUCCUCAUCAUUGUUGCAUUAUUCUUCCACCUCCGAAAUAAGUAAGUCAUUUGCAAUUGGAUUGUCCACAACCACGAGUGCAUACAUUUUAUUCUAUUGUUUAUACGUGAAACGCAAGAGUUUUUUGCGAGCUUUGCGGUAUCAACGCGAGCCCUGAAAAUGCGUGGCAAAUACAGCUGGUGAUCACAGAAUCUGCACGCAUUAAAUGGCGAAAGAUGUAAUAAGACCCUAAGAAAAGGUUUAGUCGUUGCGGCUUUUGAUCAAUGUCAGUGAGCAACUGCGCUCCUACCAUUUCCCUUACCCAACAACAGUUAACUGUUAGGUAUAAUGUUGGGUUAGCGGAGGGGUAGGUGCGAUGAAACACCCUCUUCCCAUCCAGGAGGAACAGCAAUUGUUGUUUGCGCUUCAAAGAAAAAGUCCGGUACUGUGUGUCAUUUUGUCUGUGUGUGUGGACUGGCUAACAUCGUAUUAUUUCAUAAAUUUCAGACGGUACGAAGCAGAUCUUGAGGAUAAAAACAACACGAGCUUCACCACACGCUCCGUUAAUUCGGGUGUCACUUUCCCUAAGAAUUCUAAGGAAGACAGCAAAAGAACAGGCUCCUAUGAGCUUCAAUCUCGGCAAAUGAACGCGAGCCUGAGCCCGCAAUCCCGCACAAGUGGGGACUACGACUACCCAGACCCGCAACCCACGGGAACCCGAGAGAGCUUCCCUUACUACGACAACCCAGGGCUGCAGAGGGAUCAUGCGCAGUAAAGGUACAGUUAAUUAAACUGAAAUCGUAGGCACAUCGGAUUCCUCUCUUUUUUGGCUUAUUAUUGCAAAGAUGAGUCGUUUGGGAGUAGUCCCUCCAGAAUUCUUGUCCCCUUCAAUAACUUCUUGUUUGUCUACUUCUCCUCAGAGAAACAAGAUUUCAUUUGGGUUCUUAUCAAGCAAGGAGAAUGCUACAGACCAUUCAUACCGUGGUCUUCCCUCACUUUCCAGGCAUGAAGCAAUCACACUAAUCAAACGUAAAGAUGUAACCAUAGCGCUCAAGAUCUUAACAGCUUCAUUGGAUAAUGCUAAGCAGUAUUUGCGUCGUAUAAUUUUAAUUUUGGCACGUGUCAAAUCACGUUUCUUUAUUACUCCCGCUGGCAAAGUUCCGGAUCAAAAUAUAUUCCUGAGAAAGGCCUAGGAGCACUGAUUUCUUAAGAAAAAGACUGCGUUACUGGGUGACGCAACUUUUGCGCCGAUUGGUGCUUAGGAAAAUCUGAUAGCACUUAAUAACUUAGUUUAUUACAACGUUCAAAGAUAGAAAGCUGAUGGUUUUCAUUUACUCUAAAUUGGUGUUUUUUUUUCACUACAGUCUACACCAAUACUUCUUCAAUGUAUGCUU